UCUUAUGCCCUGCCCAGCAUCCAUUGGCUUAGCUACCCGGCUCGUGCUUGGAAUCGACUACUAAUAUCUCAGGAGAAAGCUGUUGGCACCCAUAAACCAUAAGAAGCAAGAAAUCAGGUCGACGCCUUUUGCUCAUCCUUCUGAGGCAUGCGAGGUGUUUGUUAGUUUGACUGAAAGAAACCGAAACCCUUUCAAGAGUAGCAGUCCUCCUAAUAUGCAGUACUACAAAUUAUUUUUUUUAAAAAAAAAAGAAAAGCUUUUGGGUCACAAGAAUUGGUGGCAUAUUUAUAAAUUGUCAAGCGAGUAACUUCUUUCAUCACCAGAAUCGAGAAUGCAAUCUCUGAAAGACAUAGUACCAGCGGCGGAGAACAAUAUAAACGCCAGGUUCAUCUUGUUGGAGAAAGGGAAGGCGACGGUAGAAGGGCAAAAGAAGACAUGCUUGGCCCUGGUAGCCGACGAGACUGCGGCAGUGCACUUUGAGCUGUGGGGGGAGGAGUGCGAUGCAUUUGAGGGCGGUGACAUUCUGAGUUUGCGUAAUGGGAUAUUCUCGUACAACCGGAACAACAACCUUGUGCUGAGGGCUGGCAAGCGAGGACAGGUUCAAAAGGUAGGAGAGUUUAGCAUGGCUUUUGUUGAAACGCCCAAUAUGAGCGAGAUACGCUGGCUGCCGCCGCCUCAUAGUUCUUCUUCUACUGCUGCUGCUAAUGCCUAUGUCCAGGAUGCCGUCGUUUCCCCCCACUCCCGUAUUUUUCCUCCAAUCUAACUGAGGAGUUUUCUUUUACUAGUACUUACUUUGACGACUUUUCAAUUUUAAGCCCUGGAUUGAAUCUUGAAUUAGCUAUAUGAUGCUUCCGCAUACCCGGUUCAGUAGUCCAUUUGCAUGCUUGAAUA